AUGAAGAAGGCACUUGAAGAUUCUAGUGAUCUAGUACAGAAGAGAAGGAAUGUACGUGCCUCUGCUUUGGCUGUAUGGAAGUCAAAUAACAUUCUCAGAAAGGAACACAAUUAUUUCAUGGGGCUUCAGUAACAGGGUUGUGUGUUGAUAUAUCUGAAAUGUUUGAGAGGGCUACACCUUUGCAAAACCCAAUUUAGCUGUACUACAGGAAGCUGUUUCAAGUCCUAGGAUUUUACAAUCUCCUGCUCCAAGCACAGAGGCUGGCAAUUUGCAGAUUCCUGCUGCUGGAACUGCAACUGCAACUGCAACUGAAGCUAGCCCAGAGCAUAUGGUUGGUAGACCUCAAGUUGCAGUGCCUGAAAUUGACAGGGAAACUGAAUAUCUUCAAGAUGACCAAGGCAGUGCUUACAACAAUAUUUUACAUGAUUUUGAGCCCUCCCCAUCUAGGCCAAUGUGUUCUGCAAGGGAUGAUUCAUAUCCACUAUCAAUUAACAGUUUAAGAUCAGAGACAAUACCUCGGUUACUUCCAACACCAGAUGCUGCAGCAUCCACUGGAACUCAUGGAUCUGAGUUUGAAACACCAAGGACAUUCUUGGAUGAGGGACUGGUUCUGGGAAGCACAGGUCUUUCAGAAAUUCCUGAGAUGCUGUGUUCUGCAGAAGCAAAUAGUUCCAAGCAAGUCAAGGACUAGAUUCCUUGUCUGUGAGAACCAGAGCAGUGGCUCACUAUUUGAAGAAGCAGUCACCUAUCACUGCUAUCUCAGAAAACUCAUCUGGAGAUCUCAGUUUGAAUAAGAUCUUAGAAGGAAAAACAAGAAAAUUAUGUGCUUGAAUUUUUUAUGAGACAUUGGUUUUGAAGAGUUAUGGACUUAUUGACAUACAACAAGAAAAAGCUUAUGAAGAUAUCACUUUGAAGUUGACUGCAACUCUAUAAUGAAGUUAACUACAAGUUGCUAACAGGAACGAGAAAGGAGCUUUUGGUUGGCAGAAAUGCAAAUAUUUUGAUCAGAGAGUCACCCUUGUGAACCCCAACUUGUACUCUGCUAGAUCUCUUGUUGAUUAUCCCUGUCCUCCUACCCCUGUCCACUUCUUGCAGCAGCUCCCUCAUGUUGGUGGGGUUGGCCCGGAAGCAGUUAAAGGGAUUCCUAUUCCAGUGCACACAAAGGGAUAGAAACAAAGACAAAAGCCUUAUCAAUAUAAGAAAUCGGAAAGUAAGCUGACCUUGUUUCAUCUAGUCUUCUAGAUGGUUGUGCAUGUUUAUUGUCACUGCUAACUGCUUUCUGGUUUCAUUCUAGCUGUAUGGAGCAUUCAUCUUAUGAGAAAAUGUUUUGGCUUGUUUGGCCUGUUCUUUUUGGGAAAUCCCAUGGAACUGUGAGUUUACAGUGGAUGCAGUGAUUUCUUUUAUUUCUGCUCUUUCUUGUGUUUUGUAAUGCAGGUCAGAAUAACAAAUGGGACUUCUUCUCUUUAUGCACUUUGCGGCUCAUGGUUUAGAAAUAGUUUUCCUGAGGAAAGCCAGCCACAAUAUGGAGAUAUUGCAAAAUCUCUCCCACAACCUUUACCUAUGCCAGUGACAGAUAACCUGCCAAACAAAAGGGAAGGAGUAGAACAGGAAGAGGGGGUUGGUUUUCCUAGUUUUGCUGUUCUUAUACGUGUGAAGUUGUUCUAGGUUUCUUCUGCUGGAUUUCAAUUUUGUCAGCUUUUAUUUUUUGCUUGAAUACUACACGGAAAAUAGGCAGAACCCUCAAAUUGCCUCUUAAAAAGGAUGGGUGGGUAUGGAUCCACCCUCACAAAAAUGAAGGGACAUUUGGUCCCCAAAAAUUAUCGACUGAUCUAAAUCACUAAUUAUUUAAUUGCUGACGUCAUCACUGUCAUGAUCUCCGUUUAGCUCGUGCCAACGUGUCAUUUUUUUACGCGUUGGAAGCUGAUGUGUACCAAUCUCACUCUUUUUUAAACACUGUGUCACCUUUUAUUCCCCUUUUUUUGUCAUGGACCCCAUUUAGCCCUAAAAAGGAAGAAGGAAAACCUAAGUCUUUGCUCAGAUUUGUGGCAAAAAAUCAAAGACUCAUUUCUCAAAGAAAUCUUUGGAUUGAAUUCACUUUUGAGUACGGGACGAGAGUUGGUUCAACUAUUUCUGGCGAAUCUCAAGAAAAUACUGAAGCUUUUAGGGCCUUUGCACACUCAGUGUUGCAGUUGGUGGUGGAGUUCAAGGUGAAGGACAUAGUAAAAGUAAGCCUUUGCAGUUGCUUUCUCUUAGAAAAUGUUUGUUUAUAAAGUUUUCUAGUUUGU